AUGGCAGCAAUGGACGAGUACCUCAUGGUCGGUGGAGAAGACGGGUCAUUUACGUUCAUGAACCUACAGACCUGUGAUAGCCCCGUCUUUGAUGCGUUCACGACCGUGCAUUACCUCGAGGUCAAUGGCAUCGAAAUCACGCGUUCCAGGGCAGGCAAUCCGAUAGCGUACAUGCCAUCGAACGAUCACAUCGACCAUCAACUGCGAUGCUUGGAUCUGAGAACCUUGCAAGUCUCAGCAACAUUCCCGACUUCAGCCUUUAUCAACUUUGCUUCACAAAGCCCCGAUGGUCAUAUGCUCGCGGUAGUGGGCGACGAGACAGAUGGACAUGUCAUGAGCGUGAACUCGCGAGAAACUAUCGCGACCCUCAAGGGACACCAACGAUAUUCCUUCUCUGUUGCAUGGUCGCCCGAUUCAAGGAUGCUGGCUACCGGAAAUGACGACCGGUCGACAUGUAUCUUUGACACCCGGAUGUUGUCAUCUCCUGUUCAUAUCCUGAGUCGGGACGUCCAGGAGUCUGUCCGGUCUCUGCGGUACUCUAGUUGUGGGCGGUACCUUGCCAUGGCCGAGGACCGCAAUUAUGUGCAUAUUGUCGACACGACAACAGACUACUCUCAGGCACAAAAGAUUGACUUUGUUGGUGACAUCUCUGGAAUCAGCUUCACGCCUGACGGCGAAGGCCUGUAUAUUGGCGUCUCUUCAAUCGACUUCUCGUCACUACUGGAGUUUGAGAAAGCUCGCCCAACAUGGGGAGGAAACAAGAACGACCAGUUCGAUCCACUCUACUUCUAA